AUGGCUUAAUAAAUCAAACUAUACUAAAAAUAAGGGUUAUACUACAUUGGGAUUACUGGCAAAAGUGUUUGGUUCCACUAUAUAAAUUAAAACCAAUAUCAAAACACAUUUUAUAUUGCCACUUAUAUUCCAACCCCUUUUAAUUAGUAUCCUACAAUAAUUAAACCAGAUUAUAUGGACCCACUGAUCAUUUAAAAUAUUGAUUAAUAGGAAUAAGAUUAGAAAAAUAGGAGAAAAUUGAAAAUACAAAUGAUUUGA